AUGCUGCGCCAGUCACUCAUUCUCAUCGCCGCCUGCGCGAGCAUCGUGCUUGCCCAGCAGCCGGCGCCACCUGCACCGCCUGGAAAAGCAGCAACGACGUCUGCUACCAAAGCCAGCUCGACGAGAAGUGCUACAGCAUCCAACACUGGCAGCGCAACAUCAACCAGAACGGGCUCCUCGACAUCGGGAGCGCCAUCUGCGACUGGAUCAAGCGCAUUCAGCGAAGUUCCGGAUGUCGUCCUUCACGUACCUGAGCUCUCUGUGGGGCGGAUAGAGCUCAACGUGGACAACCUCCAGGCCGACAUCAACUUACACGCCAAUGUUGCCAGCCUUGUCAGUAUCAACGCCGGUGUGGCGCUAUCGAUCAAGGAGGUCAAUCUCACUAUUGCUGACGUGGAUGCUGAAUUGGACCUUGUCGUCCGCCUGGGUCACCUCGUGGACAUCGUCAAUCGCGUCUUCGAGUCCCUGGACCUCAACCCAUUGCUCCUGGACACCAUUGGGAACGUCACGGAUCUGCUGAAGCCAGUUAUUGGCGCGGUAGACGGACUGCUCGGCAGCAUCACACAAGGUGGCACGACCCUGAACUUCCUAGUCGACAACUUGGGCAACAUCAUCCAGGAGGUCGGAGACGUGACUUCGGUCGUUGGCAACUAUAAGACCAACAUGACGCAGAUCGGAGGGGAGACUUCGCUAGCAAAUGGUCUGAUCCAGAAGACCUUCGAGUACACGCCGCUGAACCAAAUUGUGGAGAUGCUGUUUAAUACAGCGGGACAGGUGGUGCAGGCGGUAGUGAAAAAGACUGGUGGUGGAGGUUCGUCAACGACCGCGACGUCGCAGCCGACAACGACGGCUGUGGCGAAGCGCAAGAUAUAG